UGUGCUUUCCACAUCUAUUUACUGAAAGCCCACUUUGGAGGUGCACGUGAGGUUAAACACAGAUUGAGAAAAGUCCAAAUUUUGGAUAAUGAUAAUGAUGGCUGGGUUCCCAUUUUCUAUUCUUUCUCUUUGGAUAUGUUUCGGCAGUGCUGAUGCUAACAAUUCGACAGACCCGAAAAUUUGCUACAUCUUGGAUGCUGUUCUGUUUAUCUAUGGGGUUAUUCUCACUGUCCUGUACUGCAGAAUGAAGCUACAGAGUAAACAAGUAGAGAUUGGCUCAUUCCCAGGGGCGAAAGAUGCCGGUGAAGGGGUUUAUGAGGGUCUCAAGCCUCAUGAUCAGGACACGUAUGAGACCAUCAGCAAGCAAAAAGGAAAACAAUAAAACAUGUUUCCAAACAAGAGGAAGAAAGACGUUAAUCAUUUUGGAGAUUGUACCAGUAUCCGCUGUCGCUUUAUCUUGAGAAUGUAGGUUUUGUAAGCUCCUACAAAACAAAUGGAUUACAUAGGAAAUAUUGUGUUUUUGUUGUUUACUUUAAUAACAUUUGGUUAUCGCUCACAUUAGGCUCUGUUUGUUUUUUGUAUAGAGAUCUUUAAAGUAUGUUUCUGUGUCAUUAUUAUAUUUGUUUAAUUGUUUAAAUUAUGUUAAUUUUUUUAUUUUCUUGUAAUGAAUGUAUUUUUCUGUUUUUCUGUUGAACCACACAUCUGAUAUUGUAGCUGGUAGCAACUGUGCCACACUUAGUGUCACUAUUGCUGAGGCUAACUUCCUGCUCUGGCUUCUAUAGAAACAAGCCACCAAGCCCACGGGGUCCGAGUCAUUUCCUGUUUUAAAGAGUACAUGAGUGGUCUGACAAAAAUACAUGCAACUUUGACCACAGGUGUGAUAUAUGGAAACAGAGAAGUGUUUCAUGGUGUAUGUGUCUCACUUCUUUGCAAAAUGAGACAUUUGUCAUAACUAAAUGAGAUAUUUAGCUAAACAUGUGUAUAUGAAAAAAUCAUGUCACAGAAAUUAACUAGAAAGUGCAAGAGUUUUGCCAUAGGGCCUACAAUAAAUCAAAAGAUUGUGAUUGCACAAGUUGUUUAAUUAUGCUUUAUUUUUAUUUGAUUUUUUCUUGAAUUUAUUCAUGUGUUUUCUUCAUUGCACAUAUUCUGUAUAUUUUAAAUAUAUAUAUUUUCCCUUUAUGCUUUCAGUUUUUUAUUUAGUUUUUCUUCAUUGUACAUUUAUGUAUUUUGUAAUAACUACUUUAUUAAUUUCUAUCUUUUAUUCUUCCCACCUUAGGAAAUAUAAUAAAUGUCUCAUAAUUCAGACAUGCCUGUACCAACAAUGAAUGUGAUUCAAUAGG